GGGGGCUUUCCAGGCAGGACCCGCCCCUCGGUCUCGCUGUCUUAGCACUUGGGUCCGAAGCUUGCCCGGAGCGGGAGGUCGCGAGGGAGCGAUCAGAGGUUUCAGAAUGACUUCCAUCUUGACUUAUACUUUUAAAAAUCUUCCCAGUACAUCAAAAUGGGCCCUCAGAUUUUCGAUAAGACCUUUGAGCUGUUCGCCCCAGCUACGUGCUGCCCCAGCCGUCCAGACUAAAUCGAAGAAGACAUUAGCCAAACCUAACAUAAGGAAUAUCGUGGUAGUGGAUGGUGUCCGCAUCCCAUUUUUGCUGUCAGGCACUUCGUAUAAAGACCUAAUGCCACAUGAUUUGAGCAGAGCAGCACUUACGGGUUUAUUGCAUCGGACCAAUGUCCCAAAGGAAGUUGUUGAUUAUAUUGUCUUUGGCACAGUUAUUCAGGAAGUGAAAACAAGCAAUGUGGCAAGAGAGGCUGCCCUUGGAGCUGGCUUCUCUGACAAAACCCCCGCCCACACAGUCACCAUGGCUUGCAUCUCCUCCAACCAGGCUAUGACCACAGGUGUUGGCCUGAUUGCCUCUGGCCAGUGUGAUGUGGUCAUCGCCGGCGGUGUUGAAUUAAUGUCCGACGUCCCUAUUCGUCAUUCAAGGAAAAUGAGGAAAAUGAUGCUUGAUCUCAAUAAGGCCAAGACACUGGGCCAGCGACUGUCUUUACUCUCUAAAUUUAGAUUGAAUUUCCUAUCACCUGAGCUCCCGGCGGUGGCUGAGUUCUCCACCAGCGAGACCAUGGGCCACUCUGCGGACCGCCUGGCUGCCGCCUUUGCAAUCUCUAGGCUGGAACAGGAUGAGUACGCGCUGCGUUCUCACAGUCUGGCCAAGAAGGCGCAGGAUGAAGGCUUCCUUUCUGAUGUCGUGCCCUUCAACGUUCCAGGAAAAGAUACAGUUACCAAAGACAAUGGCAUCCGUCCUUCCUCACUGGAGCAGAUGGCCAAACUAAAGCCAGCCUUCGUCAAGCCCUACGGCACAGUGACAGCUGCAAAUUCGUCUUUCCUGACUGAUGGUGCAUCGGCAAUGCUGAUCAUGGCAGAGGAGAAAGCCCUGGCCAUGGGUUAUAAGCCAAAGGCGUAUCUGAGGGAUUUUGUGUAUGUAUCUCAGGAUCCGAAAGAUCAACUUUUACUCGGACCAACAUACGGUACUCCAAAAGUUCUAGAAAAGGCAGGAUUAACCAUGAAUGAUAUUGAUGUUUUUGAAUUUCACGAAGCUUUCUCAGGUCAGAUCUUGGCUAAUUUUAAAGCCAUGGAUUCUGACUGGUUUGCACAGAACUACAUGAACAGAAAAACCAAGGUUGGAGCGCCUCCUCUGGACAAGUUCAAUAACUGGGGCGGAUCACUGUCCCUGGGACACCCGUUUGGAGCCACUGGCUGCCGGUUGGUCAUGGCCGCAGCCCACAGAUUACGGAAGGAAGGAGGCCAGUAUGGCUUAGUGGCUGCCUGUGCGGCUGGAGGACAGGGCCACGCCAUGAUAGUGGAAACAUAUCCGAAAUAAUUGAUCCAGACGAGGUGACCUGAAGUUUCUGUGCAACACUCGCACUAGGCAAUGCCAUUUCAAUGCAUUACUAAACGACAUCGAUAGUUCUAGCCCCCUUAGGAAAACAACUCCUGUGGCCUUCUGUUAAAUACUUUGCAAUUAAGCCUUGCCAGUGUUUGAGCUUUCCAGUAAUGACAGCUUACUGCUCUUUCAGGGAUUUCUAAGUCACCAGAAUCUCAGACAGGUUGACGUGGUGGUUUUGGUCUGUUGUCAAUCAAGACUAAAUGAAUGGUUGCAGUUUAGGAAAGAGGUUAACUGAGAUUUGGAUUCAAUUUUUGUAGCAUUUGCAAAUUAUACUUGUUCCUGUCUGUGUCCUGAAGAUAAGUAUUUUCUAUAUAAUAUAAACCAAUGUGCCUAACCUAACUAAAUGAUGGAAAAAUAACUCAGAAGCUAAACAUCACUGAAAACUUGUAAUGAAUGUUUGAAUACGUGAGUGCCGUGUUGGCCAACCUUAAUAAAGUGGAGGGGGACUGGA